AUGACCAAAUCGGCUGUAAUCGACCCAGAGACUGUGUUGCAGAGUCUCUCGAGUGAGGAGAAGAUAGCUUUAUUAAGUGGAGAUGACAUGUGGCAUACAGUGCCUGUAGCUAGGUUGGGUGUACCUCGUGUGCGAUGUAGUGACGGUCCUAAUGGUGUACGAGGAACAGCAUGGACAAAUGGUGCACCUGCAUCGUGUUUUACAGCAGCCACGGGUCUCGCGGCCUCGAUGGAUUUAGAUCUUGCUCGACGGAUUGGCGAAGCUUUGGGAGAAGAAUGUCGCGCUCGAGGUGUGCACUGUCUGCUCGGCCCUACAACCAAUUGCCAAAGGCAUCCUUGCGGUGGACGAGGGUUUGAGUCUUUCAGCGAAGAUCCUUAUCUUUGUGGGCACAUCGCUCUGUCAUGGAUAGAGGGUGUACAAUCCAAGAAGGUCAUGACUUCUAACCAAGUAGACUUUCUCGCCAAUGAGCAAGAGUACCUUCGUCGAAGCAACAAUUCUGUCAUUGAUGAAAGGACCAUGCAUGAAAUAUACUUGGAACCUUUCCGAAUUCAAUGCAAAGCUAGGCCUUCCGUCUUUAUGUCAAGUUAUAACCGGGUCAACGGCCUCCACGUAGCCGAACAUCCUUUCCUGCUUCGAAAAAUCCUUCGAGGGGAUUUCGAAUUCAAAGGAAUGAUUAUGUCCGAUUGGAGCGGAACCUAUUCCUCUUCGGAAGCUGUCAAGGCAUCUCUGGAUUUGGAGAUGCCUGGACCAGCAUUGAUGAGGGGAUCCAGCUUAGAGAGAGAUAUCAUAGGAGGAAAACUGGUACCCGAGGAUAUCGAUGAAUGUGUAUUGCGGGUACUCCAUUACGUCCGUGAAGCACAGCAAUCAGGUAUUGACUUUGAGAAAGAAGAGGAUACAAUCAACACUCCUAAAGUACGCGCUCUAUUGAGAGAGGCUGCACGCUCUGCUGUUGUCCUCUUGAGAAACGACCAUGGGGUCUUGCCCGUUUCAGCGUCUAGCAAUACGAAAAUCGCCGUCAUCGGAUCCAAUGCGCGUACGGCUGCUUACGCUGGUGGAGGAAGUGCUAAUCUUGCUCCAACCUAUAUUGUCACGCCUUUAGAAGCGAUUUCAAAGUAUGCCGAUGCUCACAAUGCCAAUGGCAAAUCAAGUGGACCUGGCGUACAGUGUGACUUCUACGAUGAAAAUCCUUGGGAAAACAGUGUGAAGCCUCUUUUCCAGAAGUUCAACAAUUCAGCGUUCUCAUACUUCAUCGACGGGAUCCCAAAAGAGAUACCUGUUAGAGGAUACGUUUCGCUCAAGACCAUCUUCACUCCCGAUGAGAGCGGGACUAUCAUCGAUAACUCAACUAAUCAGAAAGAAGGCUUACUCUUCUUCAACACGGGAGCAGAGGAGCGUACGGGUGAGGUAGAGGUCGUCGCUGGAACUUCUUACCAGAUGGAAGUCCGAUUCUCCAAUUUCAAACAGCUCAACGCCAUGUCUCCAUAUACGGGACGCCGGGGUGGAAUCAGAAUCGGAGGACGGAAGAAACGCGAUCCUCAAUCAGAGAUCGAGAAAGCAGUCCACUUGGCCGCUAAUUCCGAUGUGGCUAUCGUAUGUAUCGGCACCAACUCUGAGUGGGAAUCCGAGGCCUAUGACCGUGAGGAUAUGAAGCUUCCGCCUGGCACCGAUGACCUAGUCCGGGCCCUGCUUACCGCCAAACCGGACACUAUCAUCGUGAAUCAGUCUGGUAUGCCAGUAGAAAUGCCUUGGUUGCAAUCUGCCCCCACCGUUAUCCAAGCUUUCUUUGGAGGUAAUGAGUGUGGUACGGCCAUUGCAGACGCCAUCUUUGGCAUUAUCAAUCCAAGUGGAAAAUUACCUGUCACUUGGCCUAAGGUUGUCGAGGAUUACCCGAGUCAUAAAGAUUUUGGUCAUCCUGUUGAUACCGUGUAUUCGGAAGGUCUAGGGGUAGGAUAUAGGUUCUUUGACAGGAAGGGUCGCCCAUCGAGUGCUUUCUCAUUCGGACACGGAUUGAGUUAUACUACAUUCCAAUUCAGCGAUCUAUCUGUCAAACAAUCUGAAUUCGGAGCGAAGAUCGGACUCACCAUUACAAACACUGGUAAACUUGCUGGAGCUGAGGUAGCACAAGUGUAUGUGCAUGACCUUGCACCCACAAUAGAAAGGCCCGAACACGAAUUGGCCGGACUGGUCAAAGUCUUCUUAUCGCCUGGCGAAUCGAAACAAGUCACGUUGAGUCUAGAUCACAAGGCAUUCUCCUUCUACAGUGUUCAAGAGAAAUCUUGGAUCGGUAGAAAAGGUGAUUACGAGAUCAGGAUCGGCUCUUCUUCUACUGAGAUUCACCUUUCGGGACCUGUUCAUUUACCACAAACUUUCAAGUGGAUCGGUCUUCAAAAGCCUGUUGUAUGCCAAGCCAGCUGGGUAUAG